CAUUCCUACCACCAUAAACACUCUUUAAUCCGUCGUAUCUUUCUUAUCUCAAUGAAGAGAGAGAGGAGGGGAGGGGAGGGAUCUGCUCGUGCGUGUUUUUUCUUUAACUAGUUGACACUAGCAAGAGGAGACGGCAGCAUCCUCUGUCCCGCAUCACCUCCAGAAAUUUUGCGCUAUGCUAUAAACAGACCUUCAUGUGAACGCAAAAGGAUCCGCAUCCCAAAACCAACCCGUUCCAUCAUUUUUUCCCCACGCGUUUUCUCCAAUGCUUUGACAUCUGGAAUGUGCUGUUUUCUUGCAAGCGUCGUUUCCAUGCCAGCAUGGGAACUGCAGUGUCCAAAAGGAAGAAUCUGAGAAAUGAUGCGAUUUCUUCGGUGGCAGCCAAAGUUAGAGCAGCUCGUGCAUUCGGAGAGUACCUUCACACCCAUCCUGAGAACCACAACGGAUCAGAUCACUUACUGUCUGACACCCUCGUUGGCCACGACUCUGACUCCCCAGACAGCCUGUGCACUCAGAACAACAACUUCCACAGCUGCACCCUCCAGGGCUCCGCCGUCGGCGCCGAUCCCAGCUUGAUCAACCCCGCCCUGGGCCUUGUGGAACCGCCGCCUCCGACAACUUCCUCCAAGAGCCGGCUGUCCCUAGAGCGUAGCUUUUCGGCAGAGGAGGACCAGCUGAAGUGUGUGGAGUGUGCCCUGCAGCCUGCUCAGGUCUACACCAUCACUGGAGAGAGCGGCAUGCUGGGAACCAGCCGGGGAAGCAAGGAGAACCUGGAGCUCGAGGUCUUGAAAGGGACGCAGGAGGCAUGUCAGCCCUCUACGUCCUCCAACUCAUCUUCUCCGACCCAACACCACCACCGCCACCAUGGAAGUGGAAGUGGAAGUGGAUCCGGAAACCAUCAUCACAGCAACCACCAUCAUGGCAACCACCAUCACAGCAACACCAGCGGAGGUGGAAGCAGUGGAACUAGUGGAUCAAACCCCCACCAGCACAUCUCUGGCACGGGAACGUCACACCAUCACCACGGGGAGCCCCAUCACCAACACCACCUUUCCCAGCCGCUGCAGAGCUCUGUCAGCGCGCACAACAUCCGUGGCUGGGGGGAGGGAAAGGAAUGCGGCCUGGCAUGCGAGGCCUGUGCCGGGGCUCCCUCGCGCAGCCAGGGCUCCCUGGACCUGGAAAGCAGCACCCGAGAGGCAGGCAAGCAGCGCCGGCCACCACUAGAGCGGAUGUGCAGUGUGGACCGCAUGACUGGGCUGGAGCGAGAAGAUAACAGUUGGUUCCCUAAAGAUAACAUGUUCAGCUUUCAGACUGCUACAACGACCAUGCAGGCGAUUUCGGUUUUCCGGAGUCUAGCAGAGAGAAAGAGGAGAAAAAACAAGGUGGAGUCAGCUGCCAUCAUCCAGAGGAAUUUCCGGAAGCAUUUAAGAAUGGUGGGCAGCAGAAGAAUGAAAGCACAAACAUUUGCAGAGCGCAGGGCGAAGAGUUUCAACCGAUCCUGGAGCGAUCCGACCCCAGUCAAACAAGACUCCCUAAACGACUCAAAAGACAGUGGGGAUCUGCAGACGACCUGCGGUACUCCAGAGGAGGGCGGAUGUGAAGACAUGGACUGGGAGGAGGAGAGAGAGAUGGAGAGACUGGCGUGUGAGGGGGAUGAUUUCAUCCCUCCUAAAAUUAUGCUGAUCUCAUCUAAAGUUCCUAAAGCAGAAUAUGUUCCCAACAUCAUUCGAAGGGGUGAUCCAUCUAUUAUACCUAUUCUCUAUGAUCAUGAGCAUGCCACGUUUGAUGAUAUUUUGGAGGAGAUUGAGAAGAGAUUGACAGCCUACAGGAGGGGCAGUAAGAUCUGGCGCAUGAUGAUCUUCUGUCAGGGUGGCCCGGGGCACCUGUACCUUCUGAAGAAUAAAGUGGCCACUUUUGCCAAGGUCGAGAAAGAGGAAGACAUGAGCCAGUUUUGGAAACGUCUGAGCCGGUUUAUGAGUAAAGUAAAUCCGGAGCCCAACCUGAUCCACAUCAUGGGUUGUUAUGUACUGGGCAAUCCUAAUGGAGAGAAGCUGUUCCAGAAACUGAAGAACCUGAUGAGGCCUUAUUCUGUCAAGUUUGAGUCACCGCUGGAGCUCUCCGCUCAGGGCAAAGAGAUGAUUGAGAUGUACUUUGACUUCCGUCUGUUUCGACUUUGGAAAACCCGGCAGCACUCAAAACUCCUCGACUACGAAGAUCUCUUGUGACCCCGCGUGGGUCAGUGUGUAGCAUUGCGGGCAGGACGUCCCACUGUAAAACUCCAUUCCACCAACUUUCAUUUUGGAGUUCAGGAGGAAGAGGAGUGGAGAGGGACACAGCCACUUCGCUGCCAUCACUACGUCUCGAGUAUUGUUCAUUUCAGCUCACCUCUGUGGACUUCGACCGCCUCAGAACGGUAACACAAGAAACAAAAACGAGUGGCAAACGGUUCAAAACACAAGAGAAAUCCAGAUACGUGGUGUUUUUGUUCUCUAAUGGAGAAAAGAGAAGUCGUUUCUCAGAACUGGUUGACAGUCUGUCGACUGCUUUUGUUUUUAAACUAACAUAUCGCCGACUUAUCGAUCACUAGCCGAGACCGUUGUGCUUACAAGUGUCACACCGAAACUUACCUACCAGAACACAAAAAUGGUCCUAUAUGAAAUAACAACUAAUAUAUUGGUACACAUACAGGAUAUACAUCUCAUGAGUAUAUAGAGUAGCUAUAGUCAUGCAAAUAAUCUAAAUGUCAAUGGUACACAAUUUACUUUUUCAAUGUUUAUUGUUGUGGUCUUUCUAACGAACUAUUUUGAAUAACUCAGGUUUUAGGCUUUACGGAUAUAUUAAUUACUCCCCUAUCCAGAUAAGUGGAAGUCAUUUAGGUGGAAAGAAUGGACAUUCUGUCGACAUACUUCAUAAAUUUUGUCAUCUUUCGUCACGUUUUGCUUCCGGCACAACUCAUUACAUGCCAGUAUCUGUCCCUCCAUUGAAAAACAUAGCCCCGCAUUGCAAAACACAACCAUACACAGUCCCCAAACUAGGAAAUU